CUGCGCUUUUUACGACGGCUUUCUUGGAAGAAGAAUUUUUUUUGUAUUUUUACCUGCACAAUGCCAACGUUUUCCUCAGAGCAAAGGUUGGCCAUAGCAGUAGGAGUGCCCACGUUAGCUUUGCUAUUUUUCUUGUGGUACAGAAGAAGACAGAGAGACAACAGUUUUGACGAUGAUGACGACGAAGACGAAGAAGAACCCACCGUUGCAAGAGCAUUUGAGACAAAAAUUGAAGUUCAAAUACCGAAACUGUUAGUCGGGACAGUGAUAGGUCGUGGUGGGGCAAAUAUAAAACAAAUUCAGAGGGAAAGUGGGGCUUAUUUGAGGUUUAAAGAUGAUGAYGAAAACGAAGAGGUUGUCGAGUUCGACGAGGUCAAACCAGAUCCGGAAAAGACCAGAACCGUGGUAAUUAAAGGUGAAAGAGAAAAUGCUAGAAAAGCCGAGUUUUUGAUUAAGAAAAUUAUCAGUGAACAGCCGAAAAUGUUAACUGAGGAGUACUACGUCCCGCAGAGGUCCUGUGGUCGGAUAAUAGGUCGUGGUGGAAUGACCAUUCGACAUCUGAGCAAAGUCUCUGGAGCAAGAAUCACUAUUGAUAGAGAAGAAAUACGGCCUGAUAUACCCAGGAAGUGUACAAUAGUAGGUACAGCAGACCAGAUUGCUAAUGCAAAAGGACUCCUUGAUGAGAAGAUAGCAGAACAUGAAAAGUUCAUGACCAGGAGACCUCCMAAUCAGAUGUCAAGAAGUAAUAAGAAAGACUUUGAUGUAGCCCAAUCAAAGGAAACUAAUAUGUCAUCACCAGUACCUUAUACAGUCCAAUUCCCAGACACUAGUGACUUCAUUGAGGUGUUUGUGUCUGCCAUUGACAACCCUGAACACUUCUAUGUUCAGCUUGUUAGAACUGGAGAAGCACAAAAACUAGAUCAGCUAAUUGAAGCAGUCACUGAAGAAGCAACAUCUGGAAGUGCUGAGAAAUUUGUUGAAUCUAUUGAGCCUGGUCUCCUUUUAUCCAACUCAGUGAUACUGGAGAAAUUCAGGAUCCACUUCGGUUUGCAUUUUCAGAAUUACUGUGUUAAACCCAUCAAUUGCACAAAUCGCAAAAGUCAGUGACUUGCAGAGGCUGAAAAGGUUUUARGUUAAGCAACACUAUUUUUCGAUGGCUAAAUGGCAUUACAAGAUUCUUCUACUUACCUUCAAAGCACUACAUGGUCUUACUCCGUCUUACAUUUCUGAACUGAUCUCUGUAUACAAACCUAAAAGAACACUUUGGUCCUCUAAAGAACUACUCCUAUCUGUUAGACCUUACUCCACGAAAACAUAUGGCUCUCGCUCUUUCUCUGUUGCCG